AACAGGAAGGAGGUUGACGUAUUUCCGGAGGCUUAAACCGGGGAAAGUUGUUUCCUGAAGUUGUCGCUCCUCUGAUGUUUUAUUUCCACACUAAAACUAAAGUUCAAAUAAAAUGACUCUGUUUUAAUAGAUGUCUUUCUUGUUCGACAUUCCUCCUGCUUAAUGGAGCUGUGUGAUGACAAAACGACCUCAAAGAAUGAAGAUAAAACAGAGAACAACCUUCAGGCCCAGCUAGCUGAGUGCCGAGCUCAGGUUGAACACUGGCAGGGCGUGGCGACUAUCUGCGAGCUGAGCAAACAGGAGGAACUGGCAGAGCUGCAAAAACAAUGUGAUCAAGAGAUCCAGUCUCUGCAGGAGGCUUUCAGAGAGACAGCAGAACAGUAUGAGACCAGGCUCGCUGUUCUGCAGUCUCAGCCAGCAGAGUGGAGGCGAGGCAGCGGGCAGUUCCUGAUCAGCGGAAGGAAAACCAAGGUGGAUGCUGAUGUCAUUCGUGAAUCCAUGACGUCGAUGACCAAUAGCCUGACAGAGAUGAUGGCGGAGUCAAACAAAAGCCAGAGCCACACAGCGGAGCUGGAGGCGGGGACAGAGGGAGAGGGGCCAGGACUUACAAAUGAAGAAUAUUUUUCGAGGCACUGUGACUCGGCUUCGUUGUCUUCCUUCUCCUUAGACACUCCCUCCCUGCCCAGAAAACCCCACCAUCAAGAAGACACGGAUUCCCUUUUGUCAACAGGAACAUUGGUGCCUGAAGCCAUUUACCUUCCACCAGCUGGUCAUCGCCUGGUCACCUACAGUGACUGGGACAACCUUAAUGCUCAGGUGUCAGAGCUGCGAGCGGAGGUGAGUCGGCUGAAAGCUGAGAAAGAAGAGUUGGAGAAAGACCUGGACACACAGACCAACAGCACUCACAAACAGGUGUCACUGCUCCAGUCUCAGAUCCAUAUGUCAGAGGCCCUCCUCCAGGAUUUGCAGAAAUCUUUUAGCCAGUCGCAGAAUGCUGUCCAGAGUCGGCUGGCAGACCUGUCACUUUCCCAGCGGAGAAUGUGCAGUGAGCUGUCCAGACUUAAAGGAGAAGAGGUCAAAGAGGAAGAACCUGACUCCAGUAUACCUUUCCAAGCAACACUGCAGGGGGCGCACUGUGAAGAGCGUCUUCGCAUUGAGAUAGUCAACUUGAGGGAGCAGCUGGUCACUCAGACAGAAGAGAACGAAAUUUUAGAAGUGCAGCUGUCCAGUCUGAAGAUGGAGAUGGAGAGGAUCCAGGCUGAGAAGGACCAGUUGCAGGCUGAUCUGCUUGACUGCCGCACUGAGCUUGAAGCCCUCCGGGUGGCGCUGUCUCACGUGCAGAACAACAACAAAUCUCUCAGCAAUGAUAAAGCGGCACUGCAGCAGCAGUGUCUGGAGCUGCGCAGCCAAGUGAUCAGUCUACGUUCACAAAUGGACACUAGUCAGACCGUACAGAGAGACUUUGUCCAUCUGUCACAGACACUGCAGGUGAAGCUGGAGUUGAUCCGUCAGGCCGAGAGUCUGAGCCAAGUCAAAGAAAUCUUGGAAGGGGGAACAAGUGAAGCUGAUUCUCCACCAGCUAAUGUACCAUGAGUCAGAAAGUCACAAUGGCACCAAAAAGCAUAGACCCUGAGUUUGUCACUCAGGGUCAAAGGUCAUGCCCGCAGCGACUAUAGGAAUGUGAACGCCAUGGUCAUUAAGAUUAUCAGAGCUGGAGCUGCCGGCACUAGUAUUCUGACCAGAUAUGUUGAAGCUACUUACAAAAAGACAUUUGUUUAGUAAUAAUAUUUUGGUGUUCAACCAAUACUACUGCAGCAGUAACUAACAUUCGGGGUUCUUUUUUCCCCGAUAUAUGCAGAAACACUUGUUCCAAUAGUACAUGAGUAAAUGUAUUCUGUUUAUAAAACUUGCAUUGUAAAAUGCAAGCUACAAAGUCUGUUCAAGAAGAAUAGAAGAUAACCCUUUUAUUGUCAAUAGACAUGCAUGCCACCAAAUUUGUCCUCUGCAUUUAACCCGUCCUAAUUACAGUUAGACACAACUCCAGAUGUAGAGACGCUGCCUGGUCAGGGGGCAGAGAAAGGAGCAGAAACUAAAUAAGUAUGUUUAUGAUUGAAACCUUGAAUAAAAAUAAGGACCUCUGAAAGUAUUCAAUCACCGUAUAAUACUGACAUUUUAAGUAAUGCAGUCUAUAGUACAGAUUCACCAACUAAACUGGAAUUAAUGUGAGAUUAUGUUCUAAAUGACUUUUGCCAUUAAAAAAAAAAAUCAGCUUUAACUCUUUAUAUUCUUGCACCAACACUUAAAUUAUGGAUUAACAAAUAAAUUCACUAAACUUUUUUUUAUGAAAUGUCAGUGUGUAUCAUCUUUACAUUUUGUGUUGUUAUACAUAAUCAACUAAUAAUGGACUUAAGUCUUUGUGUUCUUUUUGAAACACUGAGUCACAACUUGCAUCAUGUCUCUUAAUGUGUACUUACAGUAAAUUUGUCAGAUGACUGAUAUUCUUGCGUAUUUAUCUGUUAUGUGAUACUUUUAAUAAAAUAUUGAAAUGGC